ACCAUUGGUGGGAACUUGGAGAGAGGAAAACCACGAUUCAGAAAGCAAGACUUGUGGACGGAAAAGGCAAAAGAGAGAAAGGGCAGCGGAUAUUGUUGAAGCUAUGCCGAGUAAGAAGAAAAGAGUGUUGUUUUGUGGAACAAGAGGAGGAGAAGAAGAAGAAGGUGGGUCAUGUAAGAGAGAAGUGGUAGGUGAUCGACGUUCAUUGUCAAAGGAAGGUAGCCAAUAUAGCCUCAGCGUAGGCGUUUUGCCUUCUCUUGGCCCUUAUCGUAGUAACCGCAAGGUCAAGCUUCGUCGCUUCAUUCUCUCCCCUUUUGAUCCCCGCUAUAGAAGCUGGGAGACAUUUCUGGUAUUUCUAGUGUUCUACACAGCAUGGGUUUCUCCAUUUGAAUUUGGGUUCCUGGAGAAACCUGAACACCCUCUCUCCAUAACAGACAACGUUGUCAACGCAUUUUUUGCCAUCGACAUUGUAUUGACCUUCUUUGUAGCAUACCUUGACAAAACCUCGUAUCUACUGGUGGAUGAGCCCAAAGAGAUUGCUUGGAGAUACGCACGUACCUGGUUGCUUUUUGAUGUCAUCUCCAUCGUCCCUGCUGAAAUUGCUCGGGAUAUAUUGCCCCACCAGUUUCCAUCAUACGGUCUACUUACCUUGCUACGUCUCUGGCGUCUUCGUAGAGUCAGUCAAUUAUUUUCCAGGUUGGAGAAAGAUAAGAACUAUAGCUAUUUUUGGGUUCGAUGCCUCAAGCUGCUCUGCGUUACUCUCUUUGCUGCUCAUUUUGCUGGUUGUAUCUUCUACUAUAUGGCUGCUCAAUAUCAUAACCCGGGGAGGGCAUGGAUGCAUCUUUACGAAGAGGACUGGAAGCAACUGCCGUUACAGGACCGGUAUAUAACAUCAUUUUACUGGUCCAUAGUCACUCUUACAACCACUGGUUAUGGUGAUCUGCAUCCAGUGAAUUCAAAGGAGAUGGCAUUCGACAUAUUCUACUUGCUCUUUAAUCUUGGACUGCAAGCAUACCUAGUGGGAAAUAUGACCAACUUGAUUGUCCAUGGAGCAAGUCGAACUAGAAAAUUUAGAGAAAACAUCCAAGCUGCCUCAAAUUUUGCCCAAAGGAAUCAACUCCCAGUUCGCCUGCAAGAUCAGAUGCUUGAUCAUUUGUCUUUGAGGUACCGAACUGAUUCUGAAGGGGUGCAGCAGCAAGAGACUAUUGAUGCCCUUCCUAAAGCUAUUAGAUCAAGCAUUGCACACUUUCUGUUCUAUUCACUGGUUGAUCAGGUGUACUUGUUCCGUGGAGUAUCAAACGAUUUACUUUUCCAACUGGUCUCGGAGAUGAAAGCCGAGUAUUAUCCUCCUAAUGAAGAUGUGAUUUUACAGAAUGAAGGGCCUACAGAAAUGUACAUAUUGGUGACUGGUGCUGUGGAACUGAUUGUGCAAAGAAAUGGAGCGGAACUGGUUAUUGACGAGGGAACCACUGGAGAUGUUGUUGGUGAGAUAGGAGUGCUUUGUUACAGGCCACAAUUGUUUACAGUUCGGACCAAACGAUUGAGUCAGCUGCUUCGUUUGAACCGCAAUGAAUUUUUAAAUAUUGUUCAGGCAAAUGUUGGAGAUGGGACAAUAAUCAUGAACAAUCUUCUUCAGCAUCUGAAGGAGUCCAAUGAUCCAGUGAUGGAAGCAAUUUUGCAUGAGACGGAGCACAUGUUAGCAAGAGGUAGAAUGGAUUUGCCUCUUAGUUUAUGCUUUGCAGCAGCCAGAAGAGAUGACUUAUUGCUGCAGCAGUUGCUGAAACGUGGUUCAGAUCCAAAUGAGCAGGACAAUAAUGGGCGAACAGCACUGCAUAUCACGGCAUCCAAUGGAAGUGAGCAUUGUAUAGUUAUGCUUCUAGAGUAUGGAGCAGAUCCUAACAUUAUAGAUGCCGAAGGGAAUGUUCCAUUGUGGGAAGCAAUAAUGGGGAAGCAUGAAUCUGUGAUUCAACUUCUGAUAGAUAAUGGUGCAACGUUAUCUUCUGGUGAUGUGGGUCAGUUUGCUUGCUCUGCUGUUGAACAAAACAGGUUAGAUUCACUUAAGGACAUUGUCAAGUAUGGAGGGGAUGUAAACCAGGCCAAGAGCAACGGAACUGCACCAAUCCAUGCUGCAAUUUGUGAAGGAAACAUUGAAAUGGUUAGGUUCCUAUUAGAGCAAGGAGCUGAUAUCGAUGUGAAAGACUCCCAUGGAUGGACAGCAAGGGCUUUGGCAGAUCAUCAGGGCCAUGAAGAGAUAUUGGCAUUAUUGCAAAACCAACCAGAGGUCAAGAAAUUAUCAGUUGUCACAAUUCCAAAGAAGAAAGUAGCCUCACAUGGGAAGACCAUUGCCAAAUACAGCAGCGAGCCUACAAUAUCUUCAUAUAUUUCUGAAGUUGUGCCACCAGUUCCAGAGGUGACAUGGAUGGACAACCGUCGAAGGCGAAAAGCAAACACUUUCCACAAUUCACUAUUUGGUAUAAUAUCAGCUGCCAAUGCUGGUGAAAGUCCUUCAGCAGCAGGUUUUCCAGCUUUGUCACCUUUAAGCAACUAUUCGGCUAGAGUCACAAUCAGUUGCCCUGAAAGAAGUAAAGUUCCCAGUAAGCUCAUUCUUUUGCCAAAGUCCUUGGAAGAACUUCUGGAUAUUGGUGCCCAAAGAUUUGGCUUCUCCCUAACUAGAGUUAUGACAGAAGUAGGUGCUGAAAUUGAUGAUAUAGAGCUUAUCAGAGAUGGUGAUCAUCUUGUUCUUGUAAGUGCUGAAUAUGAAAUUCCAACAAGCCAGUAUAUUAAAGGUUCAAUUCAAAGCAGUGCAUCCAGCACCUAUGGUGGCAUCUAAACUUAUCCUUUUCUCAUGUCUUACUGUAUUACCAUUAAAGGAAUUUAAGCUUUGGAAAUGAUUCUUUUCCAUAUAUCUUUGUCCAUAUAGCUGAUUCCUCAUAGUGAAAAAAAAAAAAAAGGACAGUCUUUUUUUUUUCAUUUUCCCAA